AUGGAACAAAUCGCUGAACAAGUUAUUGCAAACGCGACCAAUGAUGCUACUGCAUCAAUUGAAACAGUAUCAUCCUCACUUUUAGAUCUGCUUUCUACGAUUCCCUGGGUCCAAUAUCAAGCACCAUCACUUGAACAUCCAUUUGGGCUAGAAUUAUGGCCAAUUUUCUCAAAGGCCUUUGAAUAUUUCGCUGGUUAUCCAGCUGAAGAUUUCAGAUUCAUCCACAAUGAAACCUUUUUGGCUAAUGGUUAUCAAGCUAUGGGUGUUAUCGCAGUCUAUUACGUUAUUAUCUUUGGUGGUCAAACCAUUUUACGUGCUUUAAACGCUAAACCAGUUACCAUAAAUUUGAUUUUCCAAUUACAUAAUUUAUUUUUGACUUCAGCAUCUUUAGUUUUGUUAUUGUUGUUAGUUGAACAAUUGAUUCCAAUGAUCUAUCAACAUGGAUUAUUAUGGUCCAUCUGUUCUCCAAAUGCAUUUGCUCCAAAAUUGAUUACUUUAUACUAUUUGAAUUAUUUGACGAAAUUUAUUGAAUUGAUAGAUACUGUUUUCUUAGUAUUAAAGAGAAAGAAGUUAUUAUUUUUACAUGUUUACCAUCAUGGUGCUACUGCAUUAUUAUGUUACACUCAAUUAGUGGGCCACACUUCAGUUGAAUGGGUCCCAAUUUCAUUGAAUUUAGGUGUCCAUGUUGUCAUGUACUGGUAUUAUUUCCUAAGUUCAUGUAAAAUUAGAGUUUGGUGGAAACAAUGGGUCACUCGUUUCCAAAUCAUUCAAUUCAUUAUUGAUUUGGUUUUCGUUUACUUCGCUACUUACACUUUCUACGCUCACAAAUACUUUGAUGGUAUUUUACCUCAUAUGGGUACUUGUUAUGGUGACCAAUUAGCUGCUGCUUACGGUUAUUUGAUUUUAACAUCUUAUUUGCUCUUAUUCAUUUCUUUCUAUGUUACUUCUUACUACAGAAGAGGUGCCAAGAAGGCAGCAGAAAAGUUAGAAAAGAAGGAUAUCAUUGAAGGUUCUACUACUUCUGGUGUUAAGAAGAAUACUACCAAAGUAUCUUCCAGAAAGGCUUGA